GCGAGAUUUGGCUGCUGCCGCCACGGGAGGUAGAUUAGUGCAGCCUCCGGCUCGGUCCAGUCGUCUUGCACUGCAGAGAGAGAGACACACUAAAAUGGCGUCGGCUCCAGCGGAUUACAGCUCCUACAGCCAGACCAGCACUCAGCAGGGGUAUGCUUCUUAUGCUGCCCAACCCUCACAAAGUUACGGACAGUCUGCGCAGCAGGGCUACGGACAACAGAAUUAUGGAUCCUAUGCCCAGCCUGCUGCUGCUGACGGCACCUACACCCAGACAACACCUGCCACCGGAGGUUACCCCCAGCAGCAACAACAGUAUGGGUCCUCUUAUGGCCAGCCAGCAUCAGCUGGCUAUCCUGCCGCCCAAUCUACCACACAUAGCUACUCCCAGUCAACCCAGGGUUAUGGAGCCAGUGGCUAUGACAGCACUCCUGCUGCUGCUGCUCCAGCAGCCUCCCAGUCUUACGGGUCUCAGCCAGGGUACACUGCCCAGUCUGCCUACCCUGGAUAUGGCCAGCAGGCUGCUCCCACUGCACCACAGAGUUACAAUGCUAACAGCCAGCCGGCUAGUUACAACCAGAGCAGCUACUCCCAGCCAGCAGCAUAUGGCCAGCAACAGCCGGGCUACCAGGCCCAACAGGCAAGCUACGGACAGCAGCAGGGAUACCAGCAGCCGGGCCAGCAGCAGCAACAGGCUCCUCCUGCUUACCCUCCCCAGGCUGCUAGUUCCUAUGGACAACCACCAGCCAACCAGUACAGCCAACAAGGUGGUCCACCCAGUUAUAACCAGUCCAACCAUUACAAUAAUUACAGACAGGAUGGACAGGGUGGAGGUUCUGGCUACUCUGGCUCUGAAUCUUCGAGGUACACAGGGGAGAGCAGGGGCCCCGGCAGGGAAGGCUUUGAUCGAGGUGGAAUGAUGCAUCGUGGGCGUGGAGGCAUGGGUCGUGGCAUGGGCAGCGCUGGAGACAGAGGUGGCUUCAGUAAGCCUGGUGGACCUAUGAGCGGCGACGAGCGUGAAAUGGGACGCCCUGAAGAGCAGGAUGACUCUGAGAACAGCACAAUCUACAUCACAGGCCUGACCGAGAAGGCUAACCUGGAGGAGAUGGCUGAGUUCUUCAAACAUGUUGGCCCGAUCAGGAUUAACCGCAGACUCGGCCAGCCUGCCAUUAACAUCUACACAGACAAGGACACAGGAAAGCCCAAGGGAGAUGCCACCCUGUCCUACGAGGAGCCAGUCUGUGCCAAAGCAGCUGUGGAACAUUUUGAUGGGAAAGAGUUCCAAAGCCGAAGGCUCAAGGUGUCCAUGGCCCGCCGUAAGCCCAUGAUGGGUGGGAUGAGAGGCGGCAUGCCCAUGCGAGAUGGCAUGAUGGGUCGUGGAGGUGAAUGGAUGAUGGGCCGUGGAGGAGACCGUGGUGGCUUUGGCCCACGAGGUGGUCCACGUGGUAUGGGCAGAGGUGGACCCACAGGAGGCAACAUGCAGCAGAGAGCUGGAGACUGGGAGUGUCCAAACCCGGGUUGUGGCAACCAGAACUUUGCCUGGAGGAUGGAGUGCAACCAGUGCAAAGCCCCCAAACCAGAAGGGUUAGGCGGCGGCCCUCCAUUCCCCCCUGGCGGUGACCGAGGCAGAGGUGGAAUGGGAAUGCGUGGAGGAAGAGGGAUGGACCGCGGUGGCCCGGCAGGAGCUGGAGGCCCAGGUGGCCCUGGAGGUUUCCGUGGCGGCUGGGGAGGCGACCGUGGUGGAUUCAGAGGACGUGGCGGUAUGGAUAGGGGAGGCUUCCGUGGGGCCGGACGUGGAGGGCCACCCAUGGACCGAAUGGGUGGCAGAGGCGGAAGAGGGAUGGGCCCACCAGGUGGAAAGAUGGAUAUGAGGGACCAUCGCCAGGAGCGCAGGGAACGACCCUACUGAAGAACGUCUCGACUGUUCCAUUUGUGGAAUUUCAUUUUUAAGAUGAGGAUUUUUAAUUUAUGAUUCCAUAGUUCAGUGGUUACAGAACUGCUUUUAAACAUCUUGCAGUUUCUUUCAGCUCGUUUCCAUAUUUUUUUAUUUUAGUUUACCCAUGUUUCUGCUACAUCUUGUAUUGUGCACGUUUUUUUUUUUGUUGUUUCUGUUGUUGCUUUUUUUAAAGUAAGCUGAUUUAGUUUUUGACUAUGUAUUGUAAAACAUUUUUUCAUUCAUAAUUGCUU